GCAAAGCACACGAGCACCAAAGUACUCUCAUUAAUCACCGUGACUACCAGAACGGUUCCGUCCCUACCAGCCAGCACGUCUCAGAGCUUCAAAUAUUGUCACGCAUGCCUCCUGUGCGAGCAAAAAAGGACGCUAAAUCUGUCUCGCCUAUAACAUCGUGCGACGCAAAUCCAAACGAAUCUACAACCGCCGAAAACAGCAGAGGCCAGAGAAAGCGGCAAUCUCAGAGCUGUGAUGCUUGUAGAGCCAGAAAGGUUCGAUGCGUCCGGGAGAAUAUAGAAGAUCCAAAGCAGUCUUGCAAACACUGCAUAGCACUUGGAAUACCCUGCACUUAUGAUUACCGACCAAAAAAGAGAGGGCCUCCAAAUUUAUAUCUCCGUCGUUUACAAGAAGCAGCAGCAGCCGCUGUUGCAGCUCAAUCUGACCAGAAUAAUCAGACAAAUGACAUUGCAUCGAUAUCGCCUAUCCCUGCUCAUCAACCCCUUUCUAACCCAAUACAUUCAAGUUUAUCCCCAUUGCAGCAGCACAUACAGCCCCCUUCCCUAGAACCUAUCAUGGCUCCAAUCCAGACUUCCGCUCCCAUUAUCUCCCCAUCUCGAUACCCUAUCGCGGCCGACUCAUAUCACAAUCAUUACUCUCCUGCUAAUACGAUUCUCCCGACAUCAACUGGUGGCGCCCUCCUCCCUCAGAAGACGGACGAUAAUCGAUCAUACUCCUUUUCCGAGUCAUAUGGCGAAUUUCCUGCAUACAAUUGGUCUUAUAAACAUCAUCAGCCUCUCCCGGUUCUACUUCCGAACGUCAUACCCCCACUUUCAUAUUAUUACCGAGCUCACCGCUUGGAAGAUAUCGCUCCUCGAGACAGUAUUUCACUUAUCAUCGCUCUUUUCUUCGAUUUUGUGUAUCCACUAACCCCAUGUAUCCACAAGCCAUCGUUCAUGGCGGACUUGCACAUCAAGAGAGAAGAACGCGACCCGUUAUUUUUUGCUCUUGUCAUGUCGACAGUGGCAUCAACCUUGGUGCAAGUACCACGAUCUUAUGUACCCAUGGAACGCUCUGUUGUGCGAAAGCUUGCGCAGAGAUGCUAUGAAGCCAGCCGACAUAUCACUACUGCAGCCUACGACCCUCCCAUGUCUAUGCACGUUGUUAUCCGAUACUUCGACUGUAUAUACCAUUUUUGCGAAGGUAAUGAUGCUGCACAGCACGCGGCCUUUGGCGAAGCAGCUCACAUUGCCGUUACUCUGCGCAUGCACGAGGAGUCCUCCUACGAGGGGUUUGACCCCAUCGAAUGCGAGAUCAGACGGCGAACAUUCUGGUUACUUUUUGAUGCUGACAAGUCGAUGUCGAUUCUCUUGGGGCGUCCCAUAUGUCUUCGUGACGAAGAUUGCACUGUUCACUUUCCGAAGGAACUUGAUGACGAGUACAUCAUUCACAGUGCAUACCUGCCUCAGCCGCGUGGCAAGACAGCCCUGGUCUCAGGAUUAAACUACAUCUCUAGGAUUUUUGCACUUCUCGGUGAAAUAUUAGUCCGUAUUAGAGUGGAUAAGCGGUCGCCUCCACAGGGUCAAUUUGCAACGGCGAGACUCGAGGAGGUCCAAUCGUUGCACUCGCGCAUUAUGGGGGCCCUCAUGCACACACCAGAGCCCCUGAGGCUGAAACAAACGUGUCGGCAGAGCCGCCUUUCAGCGGAGUGCGGUGGCGCUGGGUUCAGACAAGCCACAUUCGCGGAGGUCAAAGACUUCUUCGAAAACCCCAAAGCUUCACGUGCAAACGCCCUUAACCCGUUCCUGGUCAUGCAGGCAAAUCUCUAUGUGACUCAACAACUCGUUCGAUUCGUGGUGGAGCAAUACCGCGAUGAACUGGUUAUGGCUUUGCAAGGUAGUAUUGAUGAACACCAGGUCGCUAAGGAUAGGGAAGCAGUCGCAAGUGACCUGCUCAAUAUUCUUCACAGCAUUCCUAUCCAGUCAAUCGCUACUAAUGGUCCUUCACUGGUGCACAAAGUGCGAUUCGUCGCAUCCACCCUGUUAGAUGCUGUCCGGAAGGCGGAGACAGCUCCGGCAUCCGCUGCGCGUGCCCAUGCUUUCCUGUGGGACUUCUUAUCUAUUCUGUCCGAAAUCGAGAGAAAUUAUCUCCUCGACGACGAUCGUGACGGCACAUCGAGUGGCGACGGUGGCAUUUCCAUAAUCUAGCAAAAUGGUACAUGAUCUUUGUACUUCCUUUUGUUGUCCUUGUAUCUGUGGUCUGUGUAUCGUAUCGCUGGACUCGUCUAUUCAUACACGCCGCUAUACUUAUUCGAUAUUCGUUCACUUUAGAUUAUCUCCCAAGCUCGAUAUCUUUAGUAUUAGAGUUCCAGACAAUUCCACCACAUUCGUGAUCGGCAUACAGAUGCCAGUGUUCUAUCUUC